AUGUCGUCCAGCAGCAUGAAGGAGCGUUUGGGAACAAUCGUGCGACACCUUAAUGCAAGGAAAUCGGAAAAUGUAAGCAGUCCACACAGCCAGGACUCACGGGACAGCAAUGCUUCACUGCGGAUGUCUGCGUGUGCCUCGGAGAACCAGGACGAAACACGAAUUCCCAAGCAAAGACAAGAUGUUUUGAAGUGGAAUGGAUGGGGAUACCGAGAUUCCAAAUUUGUACUUAAGAAUCGUACUGUGGAAUUUACAGGAAGCAGAGAACAAUGCAGAACACUAAAAAGGGCAUAUGAUGAUUGUGUGAAUCAUGUUCCAAUGGGCGUACAGUCAGAAAUUAAAGAUGAAGACAUACCUAGUGUGAUUAGGAAUGAAGGGUAUUUAGAGGAACUUCAAGAAAGUGGAGUUUCAUAUUCCCAUCAAGGACAGGAUAGAUUAUUCCGGGGACAUGGACACACAGUGCAUGAACUGUUUUUGUUAAGAGAACGGCGGAUACCUCGUCUUCCUGAUGUCGUAGUUUGGCCAACAUGUCAUGCUGAUGUUGUUAAAUUGGUCCAACUUGCUGUUAAACAUGAUGUAGUAAUCAUUCCAUUUGGUGGUGGAACCAGUGUAACAGGGUCAUUAUUGUGCCCUACGCAUGAAACCAGAAUGAUAGUAUCAUUGGACACAUCUCAAAUGAAUAAGAUUCUGUGGAUUGAUGAAGAAAAUUUGACUGCACAUAUCCAGGCUGGUAUAUUUGGACAAGACAUGGAAGAACAGUUAAUAAAACGUGGUUAUUGUACUGGACAUGAACCAGAUUCCAUGGAAUUUAGUUCUCUUGGAGGUUGGGUAGCAACCAGAGCAUCGGGUAUGAAGAAAAAUGUCUAUGGCAACAUUGAAGAUCUGGUGAUUCAUGUCCGCAUGGUGACACCAAGAGGUGUGUUUGAGAAAAACUGUCAGGUUCCUAGAAUGUCAUCUGGUCCUGAUGUACAUCAUAUUAUACUGGGAUCUGAAGGUACUAUUGGUGUAGUCACUGAAGUCACAUUAAAAAUACGACCUGUAGCACCAUGUAGAAAGUAUGGAUCUGUUGUGUUUCCUGAUUUAGAACCUGGUGUUCUUUGUCUUAGAGAAGUUGCUAAACAGGUAAAAAUAUUAUCACUUUCACUUUUUCAUUUAUUCUUUUCCUUCCCACCAAAAGUGAUAUUUUCGACUACUUUAUAAAAUCUCAAGAAACAUUAAUUCUGGUGUGUAUUAUGUUUUUCAUCCCUUUUCAAUAAAAUAAAAAAUUGCAUGACUUUUUUGUUUUGUUUUGUUUUGCAGGAAGUCUUGACACAAGAAAAAAGAGUCUAUGAAAUAGCUCAGAAAUUUGGAGGUAUUGCGGCCGGCGAAGAUAAUGGACAGAGAGGGUAUCAGCUUACAUUUGCUAUAGCUUACCUUAGGGAUAUUGGUUUAGAUUACUACAUGAUUUCAGAAUCAUUUGAGACUUCAGUUCCAUGGGACAGAGUUUUAGAUCUAUAUCGAAAUGUGAAAGAAAGAAUCUAUAAGGAAUGUCAAGAUAAAGGAGUGCAGUACACUCCGUAUGUGACAGCGAGAGUUACCCAGACAUAUGAUGCAGGUGCUUGUGUUUAUUUCUACUUUGCAUUUAACUAUCGAGGUCUUAGUAAUCAAGUACAAGUUUAUGAUGAAGUUGAGGCAGCAGCACGUGAUGAGAUCCUGUCUUGUGGUGGCAGUAUUUCACAUCAUCACGGAGUUGGAAAAAUACGUAAGAAGUGGCUUCCAGAAACGAUAUCAGAAGUGGGUAUGGGAUCUCUCAGAGCUAUCAAGAACUAUAUAGAUCCCAAAAAUAUAUUUGCAAAUGGAAAUUUGAUCUGAAUAAUCAGCUUCUGGUAAAUUUACCUAAAACGUGCACGAUUUUGGUGUAAAAAGAAAAAAAACAAUCAUUGUUGACAAACAAAUAUGUAAUUUGUCAUGCAUUCAUAGCUAUCUGAAUCCUGGGUUGCUUGCAGCAUUGCCCAGCAACAGCCACCAUAUCAAAAAUACGAUAUCCCACAAUGUUUGUUAAGGUAUU